AUGCCUCUGCGCCGGACUGAACUGGCCGCUUCCUCGGUUCUGGGCAGGCGCGAUACGACGUAUGGCCUCUUCGGCAACGUCACCGAAUCUGAAGCGGAGGACGCAAAGUAUGUGUUGGAUGAGAUCUUGGUGUCGGGGUACCAGAACAUAGUGGUGUCUAUGUUGUUCACGUUACUCACCCUUGCAUUCUUCAUGACCGUGCGGUACCUACUAGCAGACGGCAUGCGUCGACGAUCCAACAAAUGGAUGUUAGCGGCUCUGACUCUCAUGUACGGAUGCGCCGUCGUGAGCUACAGCUUCAAUCUUCUCGGCUUCCGCUUGAGAGUCAAGGCGGCUACCUCCAACUUCACUGGGCGCUACAUCGAACACACCAGUAACCUUGAAGCAGCCACGGACAUCGGGCAGUAUAUUCUGCAAGGCCUGAGUAUCUUAUGCGGAGACCUGGUCAUCUUGUGGCGUACGGCCGUUGUGUGGCAUAAUAGUGCUGUCAUGCGGAGGUUGAACUAUGCAUUCUUCAUCCUCAUUAUCCUGACUUGGAUAGCCGGCGUAGCCAUCCUUGCAACGUUCGGCCUCCAGUUUCUGCUCAUACCCCUGGCGCUCUCUUUGACGGUCAAUAUAUGGAGCACCGCCGCGAUAGGAUACAAGACAUGGCAUCGGCGUCGCAUGCUUCGGCAGCAGAUCUUCAUGGCCGGUCGUUCCUCCGUCUCCGCCGUCGAAGGCGCGCUUGCGGUGCUCACAGAGACAGGGAUAGUCUACACUGCGCUAUGGGUCAUCUACGUCUCCAUCAUUGCUGCCUAUUUCUUCUCGCCUACGGCGUACGAGGAGAUCGCUCUGGACCGAGGAUUCCAAUGGACAUGGAUGAUCAUGAGCAUGUUGAUCCCUCUCUAUCCGACAUCCCUCAUCCUGCUCAUCGCUCGCCACAAGACGCCACUAUCAGAGACGCUAACAUCGAUCGACGUCAGUACCGCCGUUGCUACAAGCUCAACAGCGAGCAGCACCGCAGAGGAUGUCGAGCUCCAAGCGGUGCCGGACCCUGACGAUAAGAUCGGAGACGCGUAUUACGACCCUUAUGCUGGUGCUGCUCCUGCUGUCCCCGAUGCGAGAACUUCUCUGCGCUUGGAACCUAAUAGAAGACGAUAG